UCUCCUCUCCUCUCCUCUCCUCUCCUCUCCUCUCCUCUCCUCUCCUCUCCUCUCCUCUCCCGGCGACCCCGCCGCCGCGGCCGAGCUCGGUGUCCCAGGGCAGCCCGGAGCGGCAGCGGCUCCGUGUGCCGGGGCCCGGCCCGGCAUGGCACCGCGCUGCCCUUCGCGCGGGGACCGUUGGCCGUAGAGUGAGACGGGCUGACCGGUUGACCAGUGGAUGAGAAAGCAUCGCUUUCUUGCUGUGCUACGACGUCCCAACCCUCCCUGAUUUUGCAAAAGCGGAUGUCUGACCAUCCUGUAGGCAUGGCUCACUUGAGAGAAUUUGCCAGCCAGCACUCUAGGGUGGAUCCUGAGGAGCUGUUCACCAAGCUGGAGCGGAUCGGCAAAGGAUCGUUUGGUGAAGUGUAUAAAGGGAUUGAUAACCGCACCAAGGAGGUGGUUGCUAUCAAGAUCAUUGAUCUGGAGGAGGCUGAGGAUGAAAUUGAGGACAUCCAGCAGGAGAUUACAGUGCUCAGCCAGUGUGAUAGUCCCUACAUCACCCGGUACUAUGGCUCCUACUUGAAGGGCACUAAGCUGUGGAUAAUCAUGGAGUACCUAGGAGGAGGUUCAGCCCUGGAUUUGCUGAAGCCGGGACCCCUCGAGGAGACUUACAUAGCUACUAUCCUAAGAGAAAUCCUAAAGGGUUUGGAUUAUCUACACUCUGAGAGGAAGAUCCACAGAGACAUCAAAGCUGCCAACGUGCUGCUUUCGGAACAAGGAGAUGUGAAACUGGCUGACUUUGGAGUGGCUGGACAGUUGACAGACACACAAAUCAAGAGAAACACCUUUGUCGGGACUCCGUUCUGGAUGGCACCAGAGGUCAUCAAACAGUCUGCUUAUGACUUCAAGGCAGACAUCUGGUCCCUUGGAAUUACAGCCAUUGAACUAGCAAAAGGAGAGCCUCCAAAUUCUGACUUGCAUCCUAUGAGGGUUCUCUUCCUGAUCCCCAAAAAUAACCCUCCAACACUUGAGGGUCACCACAGCAAGCCCUUCAAGGAAUUUGUGGAAGCCUGCCUCAAUAAGGAUCCUAGAUUUAGGCCAACGGCUAAAGAAUUGCUAAAGCACAAGUUCAUCACACGUUACACCAAGAAAACCUCAUUCCUAAUGGAGCUGAUAGAUCGAUUCAAGCGCUGGAAGUCGGAGGGCCAUGGAGAAGAUUCCAGUUCUGGUGAUUCUGAUAUUGAUGGAGACACAGAGGAUGGAGACCAGGGUCCAAUCUGGACGUUCCCACCAACUAUUCGACCCAACUCCUUGAGCAAGCUGCACAAAGGAAUGGCUCUUCAUGGUUCCCAGAAGCCGACUGAGCCCAUCAAGAGGCAGCCACGGUCACAGUGUCUCUCCACGCUUGUUCACCCAGUUUUUGGGGAGCUUAAAGAUAAGCACAAGCAGACUGGAGGCAAUGUGGGAGCUAUGGAGGAGCUGGAGAAUGCCUUUAGCUUGGCUGAGGAGUCCUGCCCAGGCAUCUCUGACAAACUGAUAGCACACAUGGUAGAGCGGGUACAAAGGUUUUCACACAGUCGGAACCACCUGACCUCUGCCCGCUGACGCCAACAUUUCCUGCUGCUGUUUUGAGGGGGGAAGGAUUUUUUCCAGCUUCAUACGAACUACAUCUCUAAUCCAGACUACCAUCUGCUGUUGGAUGUAACAUUGUGUUACGGACUCCAGGACAUUUCAGAGCCUCCAUAUUACACAUGUUUCCAUGAUAACCCAGGGUGGGGUUUGCAAUGCAAGUACAAUUUAGACCUUUUGCAGAACCCAAGAUGGGUGGUCUAAUUGUUUUUACAAUGUAAUCAAUGCAGUUUUUAAUUGUUUCCCUAUGGAUGUAUCCAUUUCAGCUUGGUUUGAUUCACAGCUUGGUACUGGUAAAUGCCUGGCUACUGGAAAAGAGGGAGAUUCUCUUCCAUUGAGAUAUGUUUCAAAGGUGAGCCUGAUGGGUUUAGCCUCCUGCCCUUCCUAAAGAAGUGUUUGUGAGCAGUAAGUAACGUGUGAGUGCAGGUAUGUUUGCAAGCUCUCCAUGCAUUACGGCCUCUGGGAAAGUGAGAGCAGGUCUCCAGUUGUUCUGGAGGAUUCCUUCAACUCCUUCACACACUAGUAACGAAAAGCUUUCCAGUAUAGCAGCAGCUGAGCGAGUAAGCUGCUGCUCUUUCCCAGCUUGUCAUUUCACAGUAGGAUGGGUUUGCUGACUGUACUUUUUUUUUUUUUUGGCUCUGGGACAUCAGUUUGUAUUAGGCCUUGGUUCAUCUAAUUCAGGCAACAGCAGAACUUGCCUUGGGUCUCGAGGGACUGGAAGGCAAAGUGGUUACAUUUGGUUUGGGAGCUGGUGGAGUUCCUUUCUGUGGUGCUUUCUGCAACUGAAGCAACUAGAUACACAGGUUUGGCAGUUCUAGUCUCUAAGCCAAGCAAAGCAGACACUUACUGUGUGUGCUCAAAUGUUGCUGAAGGAUUAAAAAAAGGGGGUGGGGGGAACACAACAGCCAAAGGCGCUGACGGGGCUUCAGUGCAAAAGGCAGAUUGACGUUGUGCAGCAGUUCUUGAGGCAAGAAACCUGUCGUCUACAGAAAGGUAUAAGUUGGAUGGCUAGCAGCAAUGGUAGCUGUGUGGUGUUGUGGCUGGGGGUUUGCAAAAGCUGCUCUAGGCCUCCAUCCCCUUCUUCUCAGCUUUCCCUUUCUGGCUCUUCUUUCAGCCUGGAAUCUCAACUCACUGAAGCCAGGGCUCUGCUCCAAUUGAUGAGCUGUGGUGGUGUUUGCUAGCAGAGAAAUUAAAGCAUCUACUGCCAUAGUGGCUGCUUAAGGUAUCCCAGUGGAGCCAUCCCCAACUAACUUUGCUUUCUGUAUAAUACUAGUUUAUAAAGCAAAUCUUUAAUUCAGGUAAAUGCACAGAUCUUAAAUCUAUACUUUAAAGGUCUACAAAAAUAGACUUAGGAAAAUAACUUCUGGAUAGCUAGUUGCUUAGAGAUUGGCUCUCUAACUGUAAAGAUAUUCCUAUUAAGUCAGCAAGACCUUCACUAUCCAGAUCUUUCUGUCUGGGUGUUUGUGUGUGAAUGAUGUGACUCACCCCAAAGCCACUGAGAACAAAAGCUGUAGCUGUUCAGCAUUUUUUUUUUUUUUUUUUUUUUUUUUUUUUUUAAAGAUGGGCCACUUAGUAGCAAGGCUUGAUUUUUGGUACUUUGAUUCAGACCUGCAGAUUUUAAGUGCUAGGCUAAAAGUAGCUCAAAAGGACCAUACAUUCCCUCCUCCCGGUGUGCAGUGUUCACUGUAGCUUAUAACUAUCCUUUACUGUUCCUCUCUGAUGGAUAAAUACAGGCUCAGCAAACACUAUGAACUUGUCCGGUAGAGAAGAGGUGCUGCUGUUUGAUCUUGCUGGAGAUCUGCUGCAGAGCGGCAUUUAUCUGUGGUGAGAGCCAUGUCAGAGCCUGCAUUUAUGAAGAACAAACCCAUUUUUUUUCCUCAGGAGAAGGGAGUUAACAUAUAGACAGGAAACUUACUGAGGUGGAGGGCAGAGGCUGCAGUCCAGCAGAAAGGCAGCUGAAGGGCUCCUGCUGCUUUUAAAGUUGCUGUUCAUGACAGUAGCAAAUUGUGUCAAUAAGGUACCUUGUGUUAUUAUUACUCGCACUGCAGUGUAAUGAGUAAACUUUUUAAAGAAAACAAUCCCCACAAACUUUGUCCAGUAUUCAAAGAAACAAUGGUUUUAGUUUUUAAAAACAUUGAAAGGGAUCUGCCACUUUCAAUAAAGUAACAAAACAAA